ACUCUCUAGUUUCUUGAUGACAGUCGCGGUGGCCGAUCAUAGUAAGAAAUCCCUUUUCGUUGAGUUUAUUGGGAAAAAAUGGGAUCAAUAGCAAAGAUGGGCUUAAAGCAGUACUUGCUUCAACUUCAGAAACAUCCUCUUCGAACAAAGGCAAUAACUGCUGGAGUACUGUCAGCUAUAAGUAAUAUAGCUGCUCAAAAGAUUACUGGCAUUCAAAAACUUCAAAUCAAGCGCCUUCUUCUCAAAGUGCUUUUUGGUUUUGCAUAUCUAGGACCAUUUGGUCACUUUCUUCAUAUAUUGUUGGACAAAAUUUUCAAGGGCAAGAAGGAUCCGAAGACAGCUGCUAAGAAGGUUGUGCUUGAACAAGUGACGUCUUCACCUUGGAACAACCUUCUUUUCAUGCUGUAUUAUGGGUUAGUUAUUGAGGGAAGACCAUGGGUCCAGGUGAAAGCAAAUGUGGCAAGAGAGUACCCAAAAAUCCAAUAUACAGCAUGGACGUUUUGGCCAGUUGUGGGAUGGGUGAAUCACCUGUAUGUACCCCUCCAGUUUCAUGUCAUAUUUCAUAGCGUUAUAGCUUGCUGUUGGGGAAUAUUUCUGAAUCUACGAGCAAGGACAGUGGCAGUGAAGAAGGCUUAAGCACACAAAGACCGCAUUUUGCCAUGCGGUUGAACAAAAAAUACUUUGGGAACAACUUCUAUUUGCUCAAUUGUUGAUUGAAUUGAUAAAAG